AUGGUAGUUGCGACAGAUGAAUCUGGGUUGUGCGAAGUUUGUGGCGUCGCAUCUCUUGCUGCCUGGUCAUCUGGGUUUGAGGUGAGAACUUCUGAGACUAGUAAGCAGAGAGCACCGGUCGGGGCCGCACCAAAAAAGGAUGCCCUUCCUAAAGAAGCAGACAGCAAUAACAAUGUUGCCGCACAAACAUUCACCUUCCGAGAACUGGCCACGGCCACAAAGAACUUUAGGCAAGAAUGCCUGAUCGGGGAAGGCGGGUUCGGGAGAGUUUACAAGGGAAUGCUCGAUAAAACGGGGCAGGUCGUGGCGGUGAAGCAACUCGACAGGAACGGCUUGCAAGGGAACAGAGAGUUCCUUGUGGAGGUGUUGAUGCUGAGCCUUUUGCACCAUGAGAACUUAGUGAAUCUCAUAGGCUAUUGUGCCGACGGCGAUCAGAGGCUUUUGGUGUACGAGUACAUGCCGCGUGGUUCCCUGGAAGACCAUCUGCUCGAUCUUCGACCAAACUACGAGCCAUUAGACUGGUUCACAAGAAUGAAGAUAGCCCUAGGAGCAGCCAAGGGCCUGGAGUAUCUGCAUGAAAAGGCAAACCCUCCAGUCAUCUACCGCGACUUGAAGUCCUCCAACAUUCUUUUGGACAACUGGUUCAAUGCGAAGCUCUCCGAUUUCGGGUUGGCCAAGCUGGGCCCGAUGGGGGACAGACAGCACGUAUCGUCAAGAGUGAUGGGUACUUAUGGCUACUGUGCACCGGAGUAUCAGAGGACGGGCCAGCUUACUGUGAAGUCUGACGUGUACAGCUUCGGUGUUGUCCUGUUGGAGUUGAUCACCGGAAGGAGAGCCAUCGACACCACCCGGUCAACAGAAGAGCAGAAUCUAGUCACUUGGGCACAACCCAUGUUCAAGGACCCACGCCGAUACCCGGAAUUGGCAGAUCCGCUCCUAAACAACGACUUUCCUGUGAGAGGCCUAAACCAGGCCAUCGCUGUGGCCGCAAUGUGUCUCAACGAAGAAGUGGCAGUCCGGCCCCUAAUGACCGAUGUCGUGACUGCAUUGAGCUAUCUCUGGUUAGGCCCUGGGACGGGGACUGUAUCGGUCCAUGCGCAAUCUCCGCUGUCCGAUCACAACUUGAUGGAUGGAGGAAAUAGAAACAGCCAGGCGGAGGACAGCGCCGGUACGAUGGAUCGCAAGCGUGCGGUCGCGGAAGCGAUCGAAUGGGGCUCCAACUCGCGGAACAACGCAAGGUCGCGCUGUGGGAGCGCUUCUUCAUUGUAA